AUGUCUAAAGACAUGUUGAGUAUUGGUUCAGAUUCCAAGCCACCGGUUCUUGCUAUUGGCGAGUAUCUACAAUGGAAAGUUCAGAUGAUCCAUUUUCUAGACAAUAAAGAUGAAAAGUUGAUGCAAUCCAUAAAGAAUGGACCUUACAUCAGUUACAUAGAUCUACUUGCCCAGACAACUGAAGAGGGUAUUGUUGUUCAUGCAUCAAAAAAGAAGAAAGAUCCUCAGUAUUUUACUGAAACUGAAAAACAAAAGGUCUUGAUUGAUAAGAAAGCAUUGACGUACACGUUAAUGGAAAUUCCGAAUGAGCUGUUUAACAGAAUAGAUAUUUGUGGAUCUGCAAAAGAUCUAUGGGAUGAGCUUGAAAAGCAUAUGCUUGGUAGUGAGAAAUCUGUACAAAGUAGGAUGAAUCAGUGUAUUAGUGCUUAUGAAGGGUUUAGGGCAAGAGAGAAUGAAUCAAUUACUAAAUCCUACAACUGA